UAAAAUGAAAAUUUUAACAGGUGAUGAUAAUGGCUUGCUCAAAUGUACGCAGCUACAAGUCAAAGAAGAGCCUAAACUUGCUUUUAAAUAUGGCCUACAAAAAGAAAAUCAUGAGAUUGAUGACAUAAAGUGGUCCAUCUCUGAAGAAGAAACAAGGUACUGUACUUUCAUUCACUCUCUUGGAGUUGUCAAGACAUAUGACACUCAUACUGAGAAAACUUUGUUUAAGAAGGAACUCGAGUUAGAUGCAGAAUCUAGGAUAAAGUCCAUCUUCCCUGUUGGAGAUGACAUCAUGGAACAAAAAUUAAUAUUUGCUGAAUCUACAGGCAAAUUAUCUUGCAUUGAUCUUGACGUAGAAGAUAUUGAGGAUCAAAAGCAAGCUGAAAUACUUACAGUGAAGAAAUCAAAUGACAAGAAGAAGCUCUGCGCAAUGCUACACCGUAUGAAGUCCCAAUAUCUCUGCUUAGGUCAAUUCUUGCCUCAAAUAUUCGAUAUUGAGACCAAGAAAUGAACCUGGAGAGGGAAGAAUGUUCCUAAUGAUCAAGAUGACCUUGAAGUUCCAAUGUUCGACACUAGUGGAAGCUUCCUUCCUGGAUCAAACAGAACCUUCGUCAUCAGUAACGGACAUGGCAAAAUUAGGCUUUAUGAUGUGUGAGCACAAGUAAGACCAGUCGUAGACGUUGAGCCAUGAAACUAUUAUCUCUCUAAUAUAAAGUCAACUGACUGUGGGAAUUAUGUCCUCUACUCUUCUCAAAAAGGAGAACUUACAAAAGCAGAUAUCAGAAUGGACUUUAGAACAGUCCACAGAUUUAAGGGAUCUAAAGGAUCAAUCAGAGGUCUAGCAGUCGCAUCUGACUUCGUUGCAUGUGUUGGCCUUGAUAGAUACCUCAGAGUCUAUGACCACGAAACGAGGGAGGCAAUGGCCAAUGUCUAUCUUAAGCAGAAGCUUAACUCUGUUCUUAUAGAUGUCCUUUCAGCCAAGCAGUACAAUCUUGCCAUCCAUGAGAAGCGUCAGGAGGUAGAGAUUGAAGAAGAGCAGGCUCACCAAUACUACUGUGAACAUUAUGACAGGAAGCCAACCAAAAGAAAGAGAAGAGCUGAGCAACCCUCAGAUGAGAAAUCAAAAAUGGUUAAGAUUAAAGAUUAGUUCAGCGA